UCAGGGAAAGUCCUCAAAACUUUCCUCGCGGCGCAACAAACAGGAAAAGAGUGGCAGCGUUACGGCAAAGUGUUCACCAAACAGUCUGUUAAAACGCGCCCCACGGGCGUUAUUUCCUCGUCCUGACUGGAUGAAGGGGGUCCAGCCCUACUGGGCUUCCUUUCUUUUUCCUUCCAUCAUUCAGCAGCUCACCAACCCCGAUCUUUCAGCGGGAGAUUAAUGUGUGAACCCUGGGAAUCCAUCGGCACCGCGCGCGUUAUUCUUGCCAACUUUUCCAACAGGACACUUAUCGCGCGUCCUCGAGUUUCAGUAAACGUUCAAGGAAUUGAAAGUAUUCUGGUGGAAUUAUAAGCUUCGGGGUCAAACGGGACAGAAGCAGAUAAAGUCGAAGUCUUUGGAUUCCGUGGCUGGGUUUAUAUGAACCUGUUCUCUGGAUCCGUGGACGCACUGCGCGGUGUUGGGAACUCUGGGAUCACGUCUCUCUGCUUUAUCAUGGAUCGGCAGCAGACGGUUCGCUUCCAUGUCAUGUGUGUGCUCGUGUGCUCGCUCAUCGCGGUGCUGAGCGGGGAGAAUUACGCCACACAGGCCCAGGUGAUGUCCUCCAAAGCGCUCAGGGCUUCAAACACACGCAGAAAUGUAACAGACAGCAAUCGCCUCACAGACUUGUACCGGAAGGAAGAGGUCAUAAUGGUCAAGAGCGGAGGUCACGUCCAGAGCCCGCGCUUCCCCAACUCGUACCCUCGCAACCUGCUGUUGUCAUGGAAACUACUCUCGCCUGUACACACACGAAUCCUGCUGGAGUUCGACGCUCAGUUUGGACUGGAAGAGGCGGAGAAUGGAGUCUGCAGGUAUGAUUAUGUGGAAGUGGAGGAUAUUUCAGAAACCAGCACCAUCAUCUGGGGCCGCUGGUGCGGGAAAAGAUUUCCAUCACGGAUCACAUCCAAAACAAACCUCAUCAAAAUCACCUUCAAAUCAGACGAUUACUUCGUAGCAAGACCAGGAUUCAAAAUCUGCUAUUCACUGUUGGACAGCUCCCCUCUCGCAUCGAUGACCAACUGGGAAGCAGUUACAGUGACGUCCGAUCUUGUUGGGUUUCCCGGGACGGAUUCUCCUCUUUCUGCGUCGGCGCUGGACAACGAGAUCGCGAGCGUGAGCACCGUGGAGGAGUUACUGAGACACCUGAACCCCUUCACCUGGCAGGAGGACCUGGAGCAGCUGUACACACACACACACACACACACACACUACAGACCACGAGCUUACCACAGCGACCGCAAACACAAGCUGGAUCUGGACCGGCUCUACGAUGACGUGAAGCAGUACAGCUGCACUCCGCGAAACUUCUCCGUCAACCUGCGCGAGGAGCUGAGGGCCACCAACGCCGUGUUUUUCCCACGAUGCCUCCUGGUCCAGCGCUGCGGGGGGAACUGCGCCUGCGGGACCGACGGCUGGAACUCCUGCAGCUGCAGCGCCGGGAAAACCGUCACCAAACUGCACGAGGUGCUGAAGUUUUCCCCGGGACCGAGUUUCUACAGGAAGAGAACACACACUCACUGGGUUCUGGAGGAGAUUUACCUGCAGCAUCAUGAGAGAUGUGACUGUGUGUGUCAGUCCAGACCACCGCGAUGAACACACACACACACACCGACACACUCUCACUGAACUUCAUUCAGACGUAUAUCUUCAGGUCAUGCCUCCACAUAAACACAAAGCCUUUUCAUGACACAACACACACACAC